AUGACACUGGAAGCCAAAGAGCUUGUGUUGCUAUAUGCCGAAGUGGAUGACGUCGUAAUGGUAGCGUUGGCUACGAUCGACGCUGACGUGCUCUCCGAGGAUGGUGUGCCCGAGGCACUGCUUUCGGUGGUCUUUGAUGAGAAGUUAGUGAAUGAAGCUGAGCCAGUCGCCGUAAAGGAAGAGAUUAACUGGGAAGUAGACAGGAUGGAGGCCGAGAAAUUGAAAGAAAGCGAGCUCGAAUCCAAGGAACCUGUGGACGUCACAUUCGUCGUAGUUGAUAGCGACGACACAUUCUGUAUGGAGCUGAGACUCUCCGGAGUGGACGAUGGCAUGCCCAGCGCGCUGGCCGACGAGUUGGCGAACGAGCUUGGCGUCGUUACAGCGGAAGAGGUCGAAGUUGAGGUUGCAGGAAGGGGCGUUAGACUCGUCAAAGAUGUCAAACUCACUGCAGCAGAGGAGCUCGUAUUCGAUGUUGCGGAUACAGAGGUGCCGUUCGUGAAUGGAGCCGAUGUAUCAAAGGCGCUGCUGCUCGUGCUCGCGAACGCAGCAGGCGACGUAGUGUUUGCGGCCGAUGUAGUUGCUUCAGAGGUGAUCAGGCUUCUCGUGUUUGAUGCCACCGAUGUGGAAGUGCUGUUGGAGAACAAGGCCGACGUGUCCGAUGAGGAGCUGCUCGUGCUCACAGACGCAGAAGACGACGUAGAAUUUGCGGGCGAGGAACUUACUCCUGAACUCGCAUUCGAUGUUUCGGAUACAGAGGUACUGUUUGCGAAUGGAGUCGAACUUCCAGAGGACGAGCUACUCGUGCUCGCAGAUGCAGCGGGUGAUGUAGCGUUUACGAGCGAGGAACUUACUUCUGAGGUGAUCUGCGACGUUGUGGUCGUCAACGAAGUAAAGUUUGUGAAGCUAGCAGUGCUGGUCACCACGUCCGAAGAUAGCGAGGUGGGUAAAGUUGACGAGCUGAUGUUCGCAGGUCCGGAGUCGAAGGAGCUUGUAGCUGCGCUAGUGGCCACAAACGACGAACUUGCUGAUGAGGAAAAGGUCGCAGUUUCACUUACUGAUGUAGUAGUAUUAGGUGCAAGACUCGAGACCGGAGUGCUCGCUUCUGUGGACGAGGUCGUGUUUACAGCCGUAGAGAACGAGCUAGAAGACGUCGAUGAAGUAAGGUUUGCAGGGCCGGAAUCGAAGGAGCUCGACCCCGGGGUGGUCGCCAGAGACGACGAGCUUGUGGACGACGAAAGGGUCGCAGUAUCGCUGACUGAUGCAGAAGUAGUGAUAGCAAGACUGCUGGUUGUGGUGCUCGACCCUGUUAUGGCUUCAGAUGAGCUCGAGGUCACAAUCGCGGCCGAAGUAGCUUGUGCCUCCGACGUGCUCGGCACAGUUGAGCUUGAUGUGGAACUGGGACAGGCUACGAAUAUCACGUCAGUAAUCUGUUACGCUUGGCUGACGAAGUCAGCACUUACUCGCGGUUGGCAGGAAUUGAAGUCGAGCCGGCUGGCAAUCCUGAGGAUAUACGCCAUUGAACACGAUGUUUAUGACAUUGUUGACCUGGCAGAAAAGCGCCUGACCACCAACGAAAAUGGGGUUUCGCCAAUGGAGGACACCAUCUUCCAGACUGAAAGUCGUAUCGAUGUCGCCUUGAGGUUGCAAUGGCGUGAAUGCGAUAUGCUGUUCUUGGGCAUACGCGAGACUUACGUGGUGAUCGCAGCGGCUGUAGUCGUGCUGCUGGUUGUGAUGGCCGGCGAGGGCUGGAUCGUAGAGGUCGACGCCGCGGAAGACUGCGCGGAGCUUGAGGCGCUGCUACCGCUUGACGAAGACGCUACCGUGGAGGUCGUUGCGGAGCUGAACUCGCUUACACUCGUAGGAAAGGCGACAUCGGAUGAGCUUGCCGAAGAAACAACUGCGGCUCCGCUGCUCGAAGAGCUCCCAGAGGAAGAGCUCGUAGGAGCACUUGCCGCUGACGAUACCGAACUGCUGGUGCUUGCCAAUAUGGGAUUAUCAGUACUGGCUAACGAGCUUGACACUGACGUGGCCGUAGUUAUGACGCUGCUGGUCGAUACCGAACUGCUGGUGCUUGCCAAUAUGGGAUUCUCAGUGUUAACAAACGAGCUGGACGCUGACGUGGUUGUAGUGGUGACGCUGCUGGUCGAGACAAGUGUGCUACUUGCGACGGGAUUCGUUGAGCUCGAUUGA